AUGGACACUCCUGUAAAUGAAAAGGAAGUCGAAACAAACACUACACCUCAAUCACAACCACAACCGCAACAACAACCACAACAACAACAACAACCGCUCGACGACACACCUCACGAUGCACCACUGACCGAAUCUGCGCCGCUAACGCCCGGCCUGCCCCAUGACGCGGCCCCCGGCGGCGGCUUCCAUGCAUGGCUGCAGGUUGCCGCCGCGUUCCUGUUGUACUGGAACAGCCUGGGGCUGCUCAACGGCUUCGGCGCCUUCCAGACAUACUACGAGCAGGGUCUGCUGGCGGACCAGAAUGCGUCGGCCAUCUCGUGGGUCGGGUCGGUCCAGGUGUUUCUGCUGAUGGCCGGCGGCUUUUUCUUUGGGCCGCUCUUUGACCUGGGAUACGCGCGGUCCAUGCUCGUGACGGGCACGUUCCUGCUCGUGUUCGGCUGCAUGAUGGCCAGCCUGGCCACAACGUACUACCAGGUCUUGCUGGCGCAGGGCUUCUGCAUGGGCAUCGGGGCGGGAUGCCUGUACAUUCCGGCCAUCACGCUGGUCCCGAGCUACUUUUCACGGCACCGCGCACUGGCCAUGGGCGUCGCCAGCAUCGGCAGCAGCAUGGGCGCCUCGCUGUACCCGCUGAUGUUUGCGCGCCUGCAGCCGCGCAUCGGCUACGCGUGGACGAUGCGCGCCAUCGGCGGCGUGGCCCUCGCGCUGUGCAGCGCCGCGACGGCCGUGGCCAAGCCGCGGCUCCGACGGGUGCCCGUCGUCGGCGGCACGAGCGCCUCCCGCUGGAGCCUGGCCGGCCUCCGCCUGCUCGCCCACGACGCCGCGCUGCUCGACCGCCGCUACCUCAUCCAGUGCGUCGCCAUCUUCUUCUCCAACCUGGCCUUUUUCCAGCCGCUCUACUACCUCGUGAGCUACGCCGAGGCGCACGGCACGCCGCCGUCCCUCGCCCAGUACCUGCUCGUCAUUUUGAACGUGGCGGCCGUCCCGGGCCGCCUGCUCCCGUCCGUCGUGGCCGACCGCUACGGCGUCGUCGCCACCUUUCUGGCCAUUUGCGCCGUCACGGCCGCCGUCGACUUCUACUGGAUCUCGGUGCAGAACCAGGCCGGCAACCUCGCCUUCGCCGUCCUCUACGGCUUCUUUUCGUCGUCCGUCGUCACCCUCGCGCCCGUCGUCCUCAGCAGCAUCACCCACGACCUCUCCACCCUCGGCACGCGCCUCGGCUGUGUCGCCGUCCUCAAGGGCAUUUCGUCGCUCAUCGGCCCGCCCAUUGCCGGCGCCAUCCUCGACGCCAGCGGCAGCUAUUUGGGCGCGCAGCUGUUUACCGGCACGGCCAUGUCGCUGACGGCCGUGUUUACGCUGCUGAUGUACCUGACCGUGCGUAGGAUGCGGAACACCUCGGCAGUGUAA